AUGGAGAGCCAGCGCUGCUUCGCCAACCGCUUCGAUGACUACCCGGGCAGCCCCGCGGCGGCGCCGGACAGGGAGGCGGCGGUGCCGCUGGUGACGGCCACCAUCGAGCGCAUCCUGCGGGAGCUGCCGCCCCUGGGCGGCCCCCGCGGCUGCCCGGGCGGGCUGUACGGCGGCGUGGCCGGCGUGGCCUACAUGCUGUACCACGUCGCGCAGUGCCCGCUGUUCGCGCCGUCGCGGGACUCGUACCUGCGGGCCGCCCGCCGCGUCGUGGACGCCUGCCUGCGCUACCAGGAGGGAUGCGGCGAGGCCGACGCCGACACCCGCGCCGCCUUCCUGCUGGGCGGCGCCGGGGUGUACGCCGUGGCCGCGCUGGUCUACCGCGCCCUGGGGCUGCCCGAGUACGCGCGGCCGCUGGGCAAGUUCAGGGAGCUGAGCGAGGUCUGCGCGCCGCUCUCCUUCCUGGAGUGCGGCUCCGACGAGCUGUUCGUGGGCCGCGCCGGCUACCUGUGCGCCGCGCUGGUGCUGAAGCAGCGGCUGGGCGUGGAGGUGCUGACUGCAGCACAAAUUAAAUCAAUCUGCCUGGCCAUACUGGAAUCAGGAAAACAGUAUGCAGUGAAGAAGAGGAAGCCAGUCCCACUGAUGUAUUCCUACUAUGGAACAGAGUACCUUGGUGCAGCACAUGGGCUUUCCUCAAUCCUGCAGAUGUUGCUCUCCUAUUAUGAGUACCUGCAGCCAGCAGAUCAGGAGCUGGUGUGGCAGAGUGUGGAUUUCCUGAUGGACCAGGAACAGAACAGCAACUGGCCCCCUGAGCUGGGGGAGACAAUCGAGCGGGAGAACGAGCUGGUGCACUGGUGCCAUGGAGCUCCAGGCAUUGCAUACCUGUUUGCCAAAGCUUACCUGGUUUCCAAGAAGCCUCAAUAUCUGGACACUUGCAUCCGCUGUGGAGAGCUCACCUGGCAGAAAGGGCUGCUGAAGAAGGGCCCUGGAAUAUGCCACGGGGUUGCUGGUAGUGCUUAUGUGUUCCUGCUGCUGUACAGGCUCACUGGGAACUCCAAGUACAUAUACAGGGCACAAAGGUUUGCGGAGUUCUUAUUUACAGAAGAAUUUAAGUCUGGUUCCCGGGCACUAGAAAGUGUAUAUAGUCUGUAUGAAGGUUUCUCAGGAACUGUGUGUUUCCUGACUGACUUGCUGCAACCCAACCAAGCCGAGUUUCCUCUCUUCAGUGUCUUUGUCUAAAGACUGAUGUUCUCCAGGGCCACAUCCCGGAGGUAGUGGGAGAGGGCACCUGCAGUUCCACUUACUUGUCAAGACAGGCAAUUUCCAAAACGAGAUGGGGUACCACUAAUGCUAGCCUUAAUGUAGCUGGGAGUCAGAUCAAAACCAACACACACUAAGGCUUGGGGGGUGGGAAAGUGUGUGGUCAAAAUAAAUGGGUCGGUGGGGAAAAAAAAUGGGGGAGCUGAUUGAAUCUGAUGUCAUAGAUAUUUAUCUAGUUAUUCAAGUGAGAGAGAAAGGGGCAUUAUCAAACUUUUAAUUUGGUGAAAAAAAAAAGGCAAGCUAGAAUUGCAAGGACAUGCAAAGAGGAAACAGUGAUGCACCCAACAGGUUUUCAAGAGUCCUGCAAAAACCGUUUGUGGAGCAAUGUGCUAAUUGGGGAGGCUGUUGUAGACAUGUCGCUGCACUGCACAAAGGCAAAAUCUGGGAUUUUUUUACCUAAAUCACAUCUGCUAGUUUUAGUAACAUGAAUUAGGAAAAUCUGUAUCUUUGAGUUCUUUGGUCCUCAUAUAAUGCGUAUAAUGGCAGUUCUGUAGAUAGCUGUGUGUUCAGGCUGCAGUUUCAGAGUUCAUUUCAGCAAGUGGGGUCUGGUGUGUAAAUGAGCACUGAACUGGACCCUUCCUUUUAGAGCUCAGUCAGUGGCAAGGAGCUGGUCUCCUUUCUGAUCUACUGUACCUGUGUCACGUCAGAAUUUUCCCAGUCACGUGGAAGAUGGGUGGAGCCGUGGAGAAGACUUGGGUUGAAAAGUUCUGUAGCAAAGAUACAGCAGGCAGAUGCUUUCUUCAUGGUACAGCAUUUCUAGAUAGGCAUUGUUCAGUGAUAACAAAAGCUUCCUUCAAAAAUUAAUUACUUUUAGUAACAUUUCUGAGCAGUACCUUAAGUUUUUCUGAUGAUAGAAAACCUAUUUUCCUUGAUGAACUCUUCACUACAAACCCUGCAAAGUGAAUACAAUCCUGGAAUGGCAUACUGAUCCUCAGAAAAAAAAACUGAUAACAAAAUUCAAAAUUGCUUUUUUUUUUCCUAGUUAGCAAAAUAAUGUAUAUGCCCAAAUGAUUUUUAGCUAGAAAAUCAUUUAGAUAGAAAUAAAUGGGUUGCUCAAUACUAGUUGCACUAGCAUGUAUAGUUGCAAUUAUAUGCUGUUUUUCUAUAUAUUAUAGAUAUGUUAACAUGGUACUUGAAAGCUGAAGAAAACACUAACAUAGAUUUGUACUAAAAAAUAGAAAAUUAAUAUCUGUAUUUAAAACCUAUUUACUAUUUAUUUAUUUUUAUUUAUAUGGAAAUAAUAUCUGUAAAGACAAAUUGGGAAAACCAAUAUGUCAAAAACUGAGGUUAGAGAGAAAAAGCUGCUGUACAUGCACUGCCAAACAAUGCAGUCCCUCUUCCUGCAUUCUCAGCUGGAGGAGAUUACAAUUUCUUUAUUUUUAAUGCCUAAUGGAUUAAAGUUCCCAUUUCAUUUCAGUGGGCUUUGAUCAGGCUAUAAGUUGGAGCUGGGUCUUGCAAUCCUUCUACAUUUUAAUAUAAUAAUCCCUUCCUGCUCUUGCCACUGGUUUUUUAAUGAGAUGGCUUGCAUUAUUAUGAGCUUCAGAUAAGGAUUUCUGUUACUGUCUUGCACUGUAUGGCUCUAAUUAAUUACUUAAUCAUAGAAAUAACACAGUUCUUAAAACACGUAAGUUGAAAGGUUAAAUGGUCUUUUAAGAAAGCCACUAAUGUCACUUAUUUGGUUACUCUGAGCAGUGGGAUGUGUGCACACAGAGGGAUGAAUUCCAUAGGGAGGGUGUACACAUGAGGCUGAACCAAAAAGUCCAUGGAUAUGGGAGUGUGUUCUGCCCAGCCCUGUGGAAAUGCUCCUGGUUAGAUCAGAGCAAAGCCAAUUGUCAGUAGUGAAGAUCCCAAAUCCGUUAGGAUUUUUGAUCUAGUUGGUUCCUGUAAUGCAUUUGGCUCCUAUAUUUGAUAACUGGAACCUUCUUAAAAGUUUAAGGAAGGUAAAACUUGGCCUCUCCACUUCUUUUAAAUGUGAUUCUUCACAAAUGCCAGGAAAUAAACACUGAGCUCAGUGUCAGUUUUCUAGUGGUUUUUCCUGUGUUGUCUCUCUUCGUAAAAUUUCUUCCAGUUCACAUUCAGAGGAGACUGAUCUUCUCUGUGUUGUGAUCAACAGCAAGCUCAAAACAGAUCUCCGGUCCCCACAACCAUUCUUUGUAUAUGGAGCCAGAUGUUUUGGAGAGAGAAAGAAAACAAUUAUUUGAGUAAGAGUUAAUCCAUUCAACAAUGAGAAAACUCAUGGAAUGGCCCAGUUUAUGAAAUGUAGGUCCCAAACAUCUCUGCAGGUUAUGUGAGUUCAGCACUGACUCCGGCAAGGGCAGCACAGUCUCAUGGGAUACAUCUGGUAAAAACCUUGGAACAUAUUUGUUCAUCUCUUUCAUCAGAUAUGGCAGUUUGAGCUUCCUCUCAGAGAUUUGUGGCUUUUCUUACCUGCCCUGGCUGGAUUAAGGUGGCUUCUAGAUGUGCUGCAGUCAUGGAUUCUGAACACAGUGCAAAUACACCCCAGCUCUUUAGAAAAUGCCACUCAUUAAAUGAACAGGUUUUUUUUCAUCUUUCCCCUCUUUAUUGUCUUACUGAUUUUUUUCUCUGUACUACAUAUGCUGUUACAAACGUGCUGUUGCAAUCUUUAUUUGUUGCUUUUAAGGUAUGGACAGAGCAGCAACCUGAGUAGAGCUGUCAGCACUUUUCAGUGUAAUAAAAAGUAAGGUCCUCUGUGUACCCUUCUUCCUGCUUUGAGAAAUCAAUCUUGCAACCUUUGCUAGACAUUCUCCAUGGGAUGCUGUCUCCUCCUGCUCCCGAAUUGGGCCCUUAUGGACUGAAAAAUAUGUUCCUGAACAGAUUCUGCCCUGGUGCUGUGGCAAAAGACUGUGUUGUGGGAAACUCAAGAAGCCUCUUUCAGGGUGUAAAAUGGAGUAACUAUGUCAUGUUUGCACAUUAGUUUCUUGGUUGUGUUUAGUUUCUAAAGUGUAGGCAAUAGGAAUUUAAGUGAUAUAAUAGUAUUUCUGAUUAUGCUGUUAAAGCAAAGAGGAUGCAUUAUGUGGGUAUUGGUGCUUAUUUGUGAUGUACCUGUGUUUGUGUGGUGCUGUUUGUGAGUAAAGCUGUAGAUUACACGAGUUUAAGGAGCUAUAUACACUGUUCAUGACUUUUAGCCUGCCAUCCAUAGAUUACUGUCACAGAAUAAUUUUGAGGGAAACUAGAUCUGUAGUGUUCAGAUGUAUUGAUUUCAAGGUUCAUAGAACCAGAUGCAACAAGUUUUAUCAACAGUACAGUUCUAGCAAAUAUAUCUUUAUUUUUACCUGCUACUCACAACUUCUUGUCAUAAUAACAUGUUCAUUUUGUGCCACUGCUUUCAACAUCUGCUUUGUUUGCAUCAUUGUUGCCUUCAGUUUCCCUGCUUUUGUUUCCCAACCUAUGAAUAACUUGAGGAGGCUGAAGAAACAGCCCAGGUCUUUUGUUCUUGAAAAUAAGAUUGAUUGAUUUUGCUUAAGCAGGGUGUUCUACGAACUUGCAUUACAUUAUUUUGUAAUUUGCAUUACAUUAUUUUGCUUCCGGAUGGUCUCUUCUCACUGGCUGUGCCAUUUCCCACCUGCUAAGGAAAAAUCAUUAUCCUGUAUAACAACUCUCACUGGUGUUUUACUUCAUUAAAUAAAACAGAGACUUUCUAGGGAGCAUGGUCACUUCUCCAGUGUUCCGGUUCUGUUAGGACAAUCAAAACCAAGUGAAAUGGCUAAGCUUUCCAAAAUACAGUUUUAAAUAGUUCUAGGAAAUAAACAUAAGGGAGUGUGAGUAAAGGGAUCACCUUCAUUGCUACUCUGUCAUUUUAAGUAAUGCCACUUUGAUGUUCUAAUACUGAUUAUAUAUGGACCUGGAAAGAAUAUGACAAGAAUAUUGAUUGGUUUUUUAAAUACUGUGAAAAAAACCAAACUGUAGGUAUCUGCUGUAUUCAGAAAUGUAGAGGGGCAAUAUGUGCAAAUGGAAACUUUGAUAAGCAAUCAAGUUUUUGUACUCACAUGGUUUUCUGCAUAUACAGUUACAGCAUCUGCCAGCAUAUUGCAUGUUUUAUGCCAACAGUGACCUAUUUUAGUGUAUGCAUGCAUUUUGGGAAUAUAUCCUUGUUCUUUGGAUCUCUGAGGUCUGCCAAGUAAAUCUCAGGUGCAGUAAUCUUCUACAUGCCUUGAAUAUUCACUGGCAUGAGUGCAUAUUCUAAUCUGUAGGAAGAUUAGAUAUCAGGACUAAAAUUGCCCUUUAGAUUUUCAAAGAGUAAUCUUGCUCUGAAGCACUAACAAUUGCUGGCUGGCAGCACAGCCUGGACUGCUCUGAGAAGACAUUUCACUUUAUAUAAAUAUGUCUUAGACUAAGUAGUAGCAGCAGAAAGCUACAUUGAAAAGAAUUAAGAAAAUGACCAAAAAUCCCACUGUGAGGGGAACAACAUGCUUCAAAGCCAUAAGCCAAAAAUGCUCAGGGCCCACAAAACAAUACAGCAAUUUAGGGAUGUGAAUAGGCAUUUUCCAAGGAAACAGCACAGUGUUUCAUGGAACAGGUAGUGGUACAGCAAGCACUGUGCAGGUUUCAGCUGCCUUGGACAGCACUCCAUUGCCAUUAUAGCAAAUUCAUCAAAUGUUAAAACACAUUUGCCUGUGAAGGAGUUGCCUAUAGCUGAACCUACUGCCUACUCCCAUCUUUUAAUGGAACAGAAGUGAUGUGCACUAUCCAUGAUGAGGCAGUUUAAAAAAAUUCAUUGAAGAAGCCAAUAGCAGCAACUUUUAAAUCUGCCUUUGAGUUACUAAACUUGACAAAUUUGUGCUGCCACCGUUGGUCCUAUACCCCAUCUAUUUGAAGUUCUACAUCAUGCCCUCAAAAAAAAUUAAUUUAUAAAUAGCAGUCUGCUUGAAAAUACAUAAGGCCAUAUUUAUUUUUAAUGCUUAGAAGGGAGUCCCUUGACUUUGUUCAUUGCAUGACUCAAAGAGAAGAUGGAGGAAUUUAAGUCAAGAACAGCAGUACCAACUAGAAUGGAAGAAAAUUGAUUAAAAAUUCAUUUGGCCCAGUGGUAUAAUGAUAUUUGAAUACAAGAUAUUUUAUAGUGUACUAAUAUUCAGCAACAGCAUUGUUUGACUGUGUAGAAGUCCUUAAGCCAAUUCUAUCCUAUAGGGAAUAGAAAAGGAAUAGAAAACAGAUUCUGGUCCAACAUAAUUUUUACUUUGUUUGGAAGAGAAAGGCUGUCUGAUCAGAAAUUUAACUCUGCUGCUGUCUUCAUUACCAUGACCACGCAAGAGAGAAGGGUUUCCUUUAACAAUGCUCUGGCUUUGCCACUGAAUUGGCCUCCUGCACUCAUUUGAAGGGCCUGAUAGGCCACCUGCUGAUGUCAGUGGCAAACCACUUUAUUCCAGGCAUGUAAGGUAGUUCCUUCCACGUGUGUGAAACAGGGGUAAAAACUUUAUCAUUCCAGACCCCAGGCCUACAAACUUUCCUUUACACAUGAGUCCCAUGGAAUUAGUAAGGCUUGUUUGUGUAGGAUGAGGAAAGCACAGGUGUUUGCAUAUGCAGGGCCCUAUUUGAUAGCAAUUUAUACACAUUUUAUCUCGAUAUCUCUGCAAUAUACGUGAAUACCAAUACAAAUAAAAAGUACAGGGAACUUAAAUGGCAUUAUUUCAUGUACAGUUUGUGUGGGUGCCACUUGAUUAUUCAGUAUAUUCCAGUGUGUGAUAUUCAUUCCUUGAGUAUUGCCACAGCCUAGAUUGGUUUCUCGGUGUUACAGCUAUUCACAGCCAUGAUGUGGUAACAGGCCUGUAGAAUCAAGGCUGAUUUGAUUCUUUAGAGAUGCACCUUAUUGUUUGAAAGCAGGACCCCUGCUUUUCUAAUAUUUUGAACACUGUGAUCUUUCAGAAUGUGUUUAUUGUAUUAGUUUUGUAUUGUAGAUUAUGACAGAAACUAGAUUUUAUAGCUUUUUAAAAGCAGUGAUAAUACUAAGCUUCAUAGUGGCAGAACAAACUGUGUAUAUCCAUAUUAUGAAUAUUAAAGCUGUGAUUAUAUUUUGCCUUAAAUAAAAGUCCAACAUUGAACGGUA